AUGGAUGUUUCUUCCACUUCCGAUGAUGAAAUAACCCUCUUGUGCACUUGGGCCCUGACUGUCACUCAUGUGGCAUGUGAAUAUACCGAACAGAAAUUCAAUGCAGAGAAGACAGGAGGAGACCCAGUUAUACCUUCUCCGAACCUAGACACUGAUCUGGCAUAUAAAAAUCCCAUUCAGAUGCUGAUCGAUAUUGCAAGAUAUAGCAAAUUGAUCUCCCCGAAGGACACAGGGCAUAAUGAAGAGAGAGAGGCAAGGUUGCUCGAGAGGUGUCCUCCUGGCCAUGAGGGCACAAAGUUGAUUGACAUACCCGCGACAAUUCUUGAUGCAUCUGGUGCCAUCAUCGCAUGGUACCUCCCGGACACCCUGACCGAUGCCACCCAGAAGGAAAUUUGGGCAGCCUCGGAUUUGCUCACUCCGAUACUCGAAAAAAGCGUAAAGCUCGAUGGGAAUUGGCGUACUAAUCAAAAGUGGUUCACACCAAGGUCGCAAAAUGAUGUCCUAACUCCCGGAUGCAUUAAUUUAUCUCCGGCGUGGUUUCAGCAGGGGCACGAGAAUCAGGUAGACCCGGCAGUUUCUGCAUCAUUGAAUGGAGCAUCCUUGGAGGAUAUCCUGAAGGCCAUUGCAAGGCCAGCAGCCAUUGCAACAGCAGCACUCAGGGUUAUGCAUCCUGAGCAGUACUGGGCAGGGUUGCGAGCCUUUGCGAGCCUCGAAGAAAAAGCAUGA